CCGUAGCUCCUCCUUAACCUAAUUAAAGCCUUUUUAAUCGGAGCCACGCUGCAUCGGGACAUUUAGCACCAUGAGGACUCUCGUGUACAAGGUUGUUGUUUGCUCUCUGAUUCUGGCGCUCCUGUGCAGCUCCCAGGUGGAUUCGGCACCUGUGCCUGAAGACUGGAUCGGCUUGGUCCAUAGAACCAAGAGAUCUUUGCUGUGGAGAUGGAACUCUAUGAAAGCGGUGGGUGCCAGCUGCAGGGAUCAUGUGGAGUGCGCAACUAAAAACUGCAGGAGAAACAUUUGCGCUUUCUGGUAAUUCCCCUGAAGAACACAAACAAUUCCAUCAGGGCCGGUGUUGGCACAACAAGCUGCUUGUUCAUGGAUCAAAUCGACUAAAAACAACACGACUACAUUGCAUAAUUGUAAUGUUGAAAUGAAGACUCGGCUACCAGCUCUUUGUUUAUGAUGAGAUUACUUCAAGUAAGUCUCUGCAUAGCUACAAAACAACGUUGUAAAAAACUCUAAACGUGUCUGUUUAUUGGUCAAAUAUACACACCAAUGCAACAUUUAAGACUUGUCCUUUUAUUUAAAUAUAUACAUACUGUAACGUUAAUGUCAAUAGAUUGCAUUUUGAUCAUGUUUUGUAAAGAUUUUAACAUAAAAAUUCCAAAAUAAACAUUGUAGUCCAAA